CGUCUGGCCUCAGCCAUCAGGGUAAGCCAAGAUGGGCGCUUACAACUACAUCCAGGAGCUAUGGAGGAAGAAGCAGUCGGACGUAAUGCGGUUUCUUCUCAGGGUGCGCUGCUGGCAGUACCGCCAGCUCUCUGUGCUCCACAGGGCCCCCCUCCCCCCCACCCGCCCCACUCGGCCGGAUAAAGCGCGCAGGCUGGGAUACAAAGCUAAGCAAGGGUAUGUCAUAUAUCGGAUUCGUGUGCGCCGUGGUGGCCGCAAACGCCCAGUUCCUAAGGGUGCCACCUAUGGCAAGCCUGUCCAUCACCGUGUUAACCAGCUGAAGUUUGCUGGAAGCCUUCAGUCUGUUGCCGAGGAGCGAGCUGGAAGCCACUGUGGGGCUCUGAGAGUCCUGAAUUGUUACUGGGUUGGUGAAGAUUCCACAUACAAAUUCUUUGAGGUUAUCCUCAUUGAUCCAUUCCAUAAGGCUAUCAGACGGAAUCCUGGCACCCAAUGGAUCACCAAACCAGUUCACAAGCACAGGGAGAUGCGCGGGCUGACAUCUGCAGGCCGCAAGAGCCGUGGCCUUGGAAAGGGCCACAAGUCCCACCAUACUAUUGGUGGUUCUCGCAGUGCAGCUUGGAGAAGGCGCAAUACAAUGGCCAGGAGCAUGGAGAAUUAUUUGACCUUGAAAGGUCAGAAAGUAGGAGCAAGAGAGCUGGAUGGAGUCUUUGGCAACCUUCAGAGUCUGAACCAGCAGAGUACUAUUGUUUCAUAA